AUGCUACAAAUACGGAGAGGUACUUUGCGCCUUGCACAGCGUCCAUAUCGCUGUCAAUGGCGUGGGUACGCAGACACCAAACCUCCAGACCCCACCACUUCCGUCCGAGAACCCGACAACAAGCCCGUCACCGAGCCUAUUGGUGGUGGAGAUAGUAGCGGUACGGACUCCGUCCAUGCUGCGUCUGCUGGCGGACAUGAGCCAACCCACCACGCACCUCACCCAGAACCUCACAACGAAAGCCUUGGUCGCGGUUUCUAUGCAUCCAUCGGAGCUCUAGCGCUUUCUUUCGCUCUCUACAAAUUCUCCCGCUCGUCUUCCUCCGAUCCCAGCACGAAAGGAGAUCCUAGCAAACAACCACUUCUGACACGAGCCAUGGCGUACUACAAUUACCGGCAAGAUGAGUACGCAAGGCGGAAUACGAUGCAUACGAAGAUGGUGGAACAGGCGGGCGCGGAUAGGAAUUUGUUCCAAGGCAGUCCGUGGAGUCAUCAUAUCGAUCUGAAGUUUCCUGAGAUCUUUAACACUGGUUCUCCAUACAACAUCCCAGCUGGCCAUUCCGCUGAUCUUGGGGCAUUGAGAGCGCAUUACGAGAAAAAGAACGUGGAAGUAGAGGAGAAGAGAAUAGCGAAGCUAAAAGAGAUGGCAGGCGAGCGUGAGAUCUUACAGCGGAGGAAAGAAGUUGAAGAAGCACUACUAGCAUAUAAGAAAGCACCAUCGAUACUGCAGUGGAUGGGGCUGCAGAGGCCGGAGUAG